CAUGUGUCGAACAUGUGCCAUAAAACUUGGCAGUUGACUCGACGUUCUUGGCUCUCGCUCAGCUUGGUCUGAACCAAGUCUGAACCUCGACGUCCGUCAACGGGCCAGCCUGAACCUCUCAAACUCUUUGCGGCUCCGAAAUCGGGCAUCUUCUUCUACGAGCGUCAUCGGCUCGUCGCUAGCCGUCUGACUUGAGUGGACUCUACCAAGUCAAAUCGCACUCAAAGCUUGCGACGGCGGUCCCGAAGAACUCUCCCGUUGAGCUGGUAUUUUAAUCAACAAGAGAACUUGCAAUCCAGAAAAAAAUCGCUCCUUCCCCUCUUUCCGGUUCCAACUCUAUGGACUUCCAGCAGGUGCCUUCAGCUGUUUACGCUACCAUCUUCGAGAUCGGGGUGCUUGCUUGGGGAAUCGAUUUUCUGCCACGAAUCUGCCUCGUCUGCAGGGCCUGGAACGAGAUCGUCAUUAGCACGCCAUCGCUUUGGGGCAUUAUCAAUAUCCUGGACAAAAGAGCCCGGUAUCCAUAUACCCUCGGCCUACAAAUCACCAAAGCCAAAGCCGCACCUCUAACGGUUUCUAUUCCCCCAUCUGUGUUGCCUCCACCCGUUGCGUGGGAGGUCAGGAGAUUGACAAGCCUCUCACGUAACUGGGUCAGCGCGGUGGUACACACAAAUACCCUCCUGCAAUGCCGCUGGUCGGACAUGCGCUCAUCAUUAGGGUCGCUCCACCUUUCCCGGAGUUUCCCCUCCACAGAUCCCGCGACAGAUUUUUUUGGUGACCUGACAGAGUUUCGCCAACCUCCUAAACUUCACACAUUCACCGCUACCGCCCUUUCUAAAGAAUGGAUAUUACCUUUCCUUUCCUCCUCCAUCAAAUUCUUUAGGCUUAAAGUAAAUCCCCGACACGAUGACCAGGUUCACCUCACCUCAACUAUCGACUGCUUAUCCCGCAUUCCAGCAGUGAAUACAUUGAUUAUAGAAUCUAUUCGACAUUUCCAGAGCGUGCCAUUGAACCAAAAAACGGUUUACCUCCGAGAAUUACUUACUCUCGAGCUCGUACGAUCAUGCUACGUCUCUCCCCUUCUUUGUGCUAUAUCUGCGACAUCCCUCCAGACCCUCUUUGUGGAUCACCAGUACCGACCGCAUCGGUCACGGAAUUCGCAGAAUGAAUCACCAUCCUUAGCACUGGCUUCUUUCUUUUCGCAGUGGUCUCACUCCAAUUACCUUCCAGCAAAUCUUCACACCUUAAAAUUGGUCGAGUGUUUACAGCUGGCCGACGUCCCAUUUCUAAUUCGAUUUCUUUCUCGGCUCCCGAAUUUAGUGCGCCUAAUCAUUGUGGACGAUACAGUUGGGAACGCGGCAGAGUUACCUCCUGGCGGAGAGGAGAGGAAUCUCUUCAGAGCGCUUGAAUCUUCUAAGGGCGCUGAGUCGGUCGGUGGAGGCUGGCUUUGUACCUCUUUGAUGGUCCUUCACCUGGAAACAGACCUGCAGGUCCAGGAUUUAAUUAGAAUCGCUCGAGCACGAAAUGAAACCACCUCUUCACCAUCUUCUACAUCUAAUCCGAACCGCCUACGAUGGGUAGAUGCUAUGCUGUGUUCCAGCGGAAGUCGCUCGGAGGUGGAAGAGCUUCGAACAUUGGUCGAUAGCGCUGUGUCAUUGCUUAGGCUGCUUACUGAACCGGACUUGUGGUGGGCAUUCAUCCGCUUCCUCCUGCUCAUAUCACUGAUUGAAACUUCGUUUUAG